AUGCCUCUAACCCCUGCUACUAAUAAAAUCCUCAAUGAUGAGACAUUUGCUAAGAUGAAGAAGGUUCAAUUUUCCAAUAUGGAUCCCAAAAGGGUCCGCUUUAUGGCUAAGGAAAUCAUCAUUUUACAGAGGCUUGACCAUCCUAAUGUUGUGAAGCAUUUGUGUAUAGUCACUUCAAGGAUGUUGAGCAGCUUGUAUCUUGUCUUCGAGUACAUGGACCAUGAUCCUGCGAGGCUUGCAGCAACUCCUGGCAUCAAGUUCACCGAGCAACAUAUAAAAUAUUUGGGAGGAAAUUCAACAUAUCAUUAUGAUAAAAGUGUACCAGACUUCAAUGCGCUAAAAUUCGAGAAAGUCAAAGCUGAAAUAACUAAACAAUAUGACGACCGCUAUAAGAUGCUUGAAGAUAAGGUAAAGGUCAUGGAAGUCACAUACGAGUAUGGGAUGGAUUCUAACAAUUUGAGUUUAGUUUCUAAUCUUGUUCUACCUCUAAAACUGAAGGCCCCAAAGUUUGAAAAGUACGACGAAACUAGUUGCCCAUAUUCUUAA